CAAAACUAACAAAAAAUUAAUUGAAACAGCCAAAAUUCACUUUUCAGCAACAUCCACACUACUUUCUGCUUUCAGUGUGGAUACAUAACAUACAAAUAGAUUUAUAUCCAAUUUUUUGAGAAUAAUUUCCUCCAGAAGGAGACACUCAAUCGCGCAUAGAUAAUCGCCACGGGAAAAUCUAGAUUUUGUCCGUGAUCGCACGCUUAGUGAUGAUGUCUGGUAGUUUAGUAUUAUAAAUGUUUAACCGGUUUUUUGAAUUUUUCCACCUUUUAUCCGAAACCGACUGCGGCAUAUUUUUGCUCUUAUAGCAAGUCUUGUAUGCAAAACUCCUCACUGCCAGUGUUGAGACAACCAUCAUCCACUGGGCAUGGCUGUUGGUGCUGUUAAGAAGAAAGCCUAAGAAGCAUUGUGUGCGGUGCCCCUGAUUUUGGUUUACACAGGGCUGUGGAAGGGUGUGUUGUGGUGCAACCAUCAACAGUGCAAUCAUGAGGAAUAUUAUGGUUUCAGUGCUCAUCAUGCCACUACUUCUGGGCCCAAAUGUGCUGCAGAGUGAUGCAGAUCCCGAAUCAAGAGACAUGUUCCUGGAAUACAAUCUCUUGGAUGCCGUGGCCCUGCCCAAUGACGGUGUUGAAUAUAUUACGGACAGUGACAAUUUCCCAGUGCUCAAUAUCCAGAAGGAAGCAGACAUUAAGACCCCAUAUCGUCUCAUUCUCCCAGAACGCCUAAAUGAUUUUCAAAUCAGCGGGAUCAUGAGGCUUGAAUCACUCGCAGGUGGCUACAUAUUCAGCAUUGUAAAUCCUCUGGAAACGAUAGUUCAACUCGGUGUUCACCUCUCACCGGUGGCGAGUGACUUCAUGAAUAUAACGCUGUACUACACGGAUCCCUCGUAUGAUUCAUCGCGCGAAUUGAGCGCAUUUGAAAUUCCAUACACGAAGGAAUGGUUUAAUUUUGCUUUUAAAGUUCUCCACGACACGCUCAUCUUCUAUUUGGAUUGCGAAGAAUUCAGUUCGGCUAAAAUUAAGCGGCAACCCACCAUUCUGACCUUCGAUUCAGCCUCGACGCUCUUCGUGGGUCAGGCUGGCCCCAAAUUGCGCGGGAACUUCGAGGGGUCCUUUCAAUUCCUCAAAAUCUACGGAAAUCCCUCAUCGGAGCUUCAGAUGUUGUGCAUAAAGCCAAACUACAAAAAGAAUGUUGAUCCAGGAGUACAGACUGACCCCUUUGCCGUGCCAUCUGACCCAUUUGGCCCCACAGACGGCGAAUCGUGGCAGAAAGGUGAAAAAGGUGAUCGAGGUUUACGGGGCCCACCUGGGGAUAGUAUUCGUGGCCCACCUGGUCCACCGGGACCUCCGGGGCUUCCUGGUACGACAAUUAACAUCUCCAAUAAUCCAGAGCUUCAUUCAACGAUCAAACAGAUUGCAGAGAGUGUCUUCAUGACAACUAAACCCCAAGAAACAUGCUCAUGCAAUACAACCACCGUAGUGAGUAAGCUUAGGAAUGAUAUGGAAUUCCAGGAGCUAAUUAGGGGGCCUCCAGGAUUGCCCGGAAGGGAGGGCAGAGCAGGUCCUCCGGGGCUCAAAGGAUCAGUGGGAGCUCAGGGAUCAAGAGGGGCUACAGGGCCUAAAGGAAGUCGUGGAGAACCGGGAGAGCAAGGAAGAAAGGGAGAGCCAGGUGUUGAUGGCGCUCCAGGCCUCAAAGGUCCUCCAGGUCCAGCAGGACCGCCAGGAUUUCCUGAAAAUUACGAAUCUCUAAUAGUCAACACAAUGCAAAAUCUAAACAACAAUUUAAUGGGAAUUAAGGGGUAUGCUGGGGAGAAAGGUGAGACAGGCAUUCCAGGAGACAAAGGGAUGAAGGGCGACAAGGGAGAUGAUGGAUCUCGAGGACUUCCUGGUGAAAAGGGUUCUUUAGGUUCCGAAGGUCCUCCAGGGAUGAAGGGUGAUCCUGGAAGUCCAGGAAUGCUUGGGCCCGUUGGUCCGCCUGGCUUGAAGGGAGAUCGAGGUGAUCCUGGACCACCAGGAGCAGUCAUUUACGGCGAUACAGCUAAUUCGGGACAAUGCCAAUGUACAGGUGACAAAGGUGAGAAAGGAACCUCCGGGGAGCCUGGAAUGAAGGGCGAAAGGGGUGCUGAUGGAUCCGGUGGCUUUUUACCUGAUUUCAGUGUCUACAACAUAACAAAGGGUGAGAAAGGAGAACGUGGUCAGAGAGGAAGAAGAGGAAAACCUGGACCUCCGGGUUUGAUGGGUCCACCAGGUCGUCCAGGUGAACUUGGUGACACAGGAUACCCCGGAUUGCCUGGCCUCAAAGGGGAGCCAGGUGAGAAAGGUGAUAAAGGUGAUACAACAGUUAUUGAAGCUGUUUUGGGGGAGAAAGGCGAGAAAGGUGCCAAAGGUGAACCCGGACCGCCGGGAUUAAUUAGCGUCGAUGGUGGACAAAUUAGUCAAAUUGCCGCAUUUGAUGGUGAAAAUCAAAUGGGAGUGAUUGUUGUGCAGAAUGUCGAUGAACUGCGAAAGUUGAACAGCACAAUUGGGACAAUUGCAUUCCUCGUGGCGGAAGAAACGAUCCUUUUGAGGGUUACAAGAGGGUGGCAGUACAUAUCGUUGGGAACUUUUCUUCCCCUGUCAACACCACCCAAUCCCAUCAGCAGCCAACAUGCUCCUGUUUCACCAAUCAGGUCAGAUCUACAAGCCUCCAAUUUACUCCACAAUAACCUGGAGCCUGUUGUUGGACCCUCACUAAGAAUAGCAGCUCUCAAUGAACCCUUCACGGGUGAUCUAAAGGGUAUGCGUGGGGCUGAUUUUGAUUGCUAUCGCCAAGCACGGAGGGCUGGCUUGGUGGGGACUUUCAGGGCAUUUUUAUCAGAAAGGAUCCAGAAUAUUGAUUCAAUCGUCCAGGAGGCAGAUCAUAAGCUCCCUGUUGUUAAUAUUCGCGGGGAAGUUCUCUUUAAUUCGUGGAAGGAGAUCUUCAACGGUCAAGGAGGAUUCUUUGCUCAAACGCCGCGUAUUUAUAGCUUCAACGGGAAGAAUAUUCUCACGGAUACCACGUGGCCCCAGAAAGCCAUUUGGCAUGGAUCGGACGUUUAUGGGGAGCGCGCCAUGGAGACGUACUGCGAGGCAUGGCAUUCAUCGUCAUCCACAUCUUUCGGACUGGCCAGUACCCUCUUGAGCAAUAAACUCCUCAAUCAAGAGAAGAUUUCCUGUGACAAUAAAUUGGCUAUUUUGUGCAUUGAGGCUCUAUCCCAUAAUGACUAAUGGUGGUAUGCUCAAGAAUAAUUUUUGCAAUCAACAAGAUGAAGCAAAAUUCUUCAUUUUGAUGAAUCCACCUGCGGGAGAUGUUUUCCCGCGCUCAAAUACAAAGAACUCAGGUAAGUUGCUGUGAAUGCAACAAAUUAGAGAGAAACUUAAUAUUCCCUUCGCUGCAUGCCGCUCUCAUCAACUAACAAAAAUAGAGGAAGCUUCGAUGGGUAAAGUGGAAUGGUGUGAAUGUCUCCUCAAAAAGCCAUAUCAAUGUAAAUUUUGUGUCCAACGAAGAAAAAAACAUUUUAGAACUUUUCUACAUGAAUAACAAACACAAAAGAAUUUUUGACUCUUUUUGGACUAACAAUUUUCACGAAUAAAAAUGCAAAUUAAUGGAAAGUUAUAAUACUCUCUAACCAAUAUUUAAGAAGAAAAUAAUAAUAAAAAAAUAUUAAUAAUUUUGAGAUUAAUACAGAUUCAUUUCUGAAAUAAUUGAAUUGUAAUUUUGAAGGAAUUUGUAAGACAGUGAAAAUAGGGAAGACAGGGGUGCAGUGAGGCAUGCAAUGGUUUCAAAAUAAAAGCUCUGAAAAUGAGUUUUCAUUUAAUAAAAAAUUAACAGAAAACUAGAAAACUUUUAUAAGAAAACUUUCUUUAAGAAAAUCUUUUUUUCCUUUAAAGACAUUUUAUUUAAAAGUAAAGUAAUAAAAAGUUAAAAGGAUUGACUAACUCUACCCCAUUUUCCCCUAUUGUUCAAUUGUCUAAGAAUACCUACAUGAAAAAUUUAAAAGAACUUUGGUUCUGUUGGUUUUAAGCAAUUUUAUAAUUCGAUUUUGAUAAAUUUUAAAUUAAAAAAUUCGCUGAAAAUUCAUUCAAAAUUUCUCAAUUAUUUUAGGUUAUAAUUAUUUCUUCAAUUUGUAUAAUUAUUCAAGCAAAAUUUCCAAAUAAUUUUGCAAUGAAAAGAAAAUUAAUUUUCACGCCGAUAAAAACAAUAAAACUUAUCAAAAUCGAACAGUUACAAAUAAAUAUUUCUCCAACAAUAAAAUUCUCAACUAAAAAAGCUCACUGAUGCAUUAUUUUUGACAUGAAUCUGUAUUGAAUUCUUUCACAUUCUGUGGUCUCUUUUGUACAACUUUUUUAUUACUAGUUGGAAAUUUUUUUACCCAAAAAAAAAAGAAUUUUAUACGUAAAGAAAUGUUAUUUGUAGGCAAAGUAUAAUAUUACAUAUAAAUAUAUAGAUAAUAAUAUACAUCUCCAUGUGUUCAUAAAAUGUAUGUAUUUUGAAAUAUUUGUAUUUAUAGACGAUCCAAUUAUCACAUAUCUCACCAAUUAACAUUGAGUACCAUUUAAUACAUAAAAUAAAACAUAUAAAAUGAAAAGAAAAAAAAUAAUUUGGAAUAUUUCUGUACAUAUAAUUAAAAGAUUGUAAUGUAAAUGAUGUUUCUUGCGGGAGGAAAGAAAGUUAUAUUAUAAAUUUGUUGUGUAGAGAAGCAUAAUCAAUUCUUUUUUUUACUUAUGCUCCGCCUAAUUGUUGGAUGAUUUAUUUAUUUUAAAAGUAUAUAAUUACUUAUUAGUCUCAAUGUUUCCUUGUUUCCGAGUAAGAGAGAUUAUGAGUAGAUAGAUUUUUUGUAUAGGAGAGUACAUGUGGCUAUUUAAUCAUAUAUUGCUGGCAUUUAUCACUGAAUAAAUUACAGAAUAAAAGACAAAACAA